AGCCAGCAAGCCGACUCGAGGCCGGUGCGUUCUUACAGCCCACAGUUCGUCAUACGUCGGCGGAGAGUAAUAUCUGUUUGCUGACUCGAUAACCUGCGCGCUGCGCGAGUCAAAAACGAGCCCAAGAGCCUCAACAGGCUCAGAGUUUGAAAUAUCCACUACUCCGAAACACAACGAACAAACGCGCACAGCGCUAAUCAAUUGUAGACGAUGGCCACGCGCUGCGCCAUUCGCCGCCUCUCUCAAUCGAUGCGCGCCAGCGCGCCGCUGGCCGCCGCCGGCUCGCUCGCGGCGCUCGCCGCGCCGCCCGACGCACAGUGCUUGUGGUGGCGCCGCGACGCCGCCGCCAAGGAGGCCGAGCGCAAAGCUGCACUAAGUCCACUCGAGCGCCUCGCCGAGUUUGGGAAGGACGUCUCAACGAGCGACGGCCCGGGAGCCGUCGCCGACAAGAUGCUAGAGGAAGUAGGUAAAUUGGCCUCGGAAGCCCUCGCGACGGGCUACCCGAACCAGGUGGGCUGGGGCUUCUGCGCGGGUUAUUGUACGGGCUUCGCGGCGAAGAAAGUGGGCAAGGUCGGCUUCGUCGUCGUCGGCAGUAUGUACGCGCUACUCCAAACGGCGGCCUACCACGGCUACGUCACCGUGGACCACGCCAAGAUCUCGCGCAAGUUCACGCAAGUGUUGGAUGCGAACAAGGACGGGAGAGUGGAUUCGAGGGACGCGCAGGACCUGUACGGCCAGGCCAUGAAGGUCCUCGAGUUCAACGGGCCCUCGGGCGGCGGCUUCGGCGCCGGCGUGCUGCUCGGCCUGCGGUCGGGCUGAUGUGUGACUUCUGAUAUGAUCCCCCCCCUACGGCGCGAAGGCCGGUUUGUAAAGAUGCUUG